CAGGAAGGCUUACCACACCUCCGAGAGGAAGGAGAAGUCCGGGUGAGAACCACUUUCAGUUGAUGACAGAAGCACCAAGGGUGGACACCAGCCGCAGGAGGCCACCGGCUCCCGUCUGCCCCGCCGUCAUGCUCUGUCUGCUCCUGCCUCUCGCGUUGGUCUCCUGCCUCGGCCCAGGGAACACAGCUUCACAAGCCAGCUCAACCCCCCUGAUGGUGAAUGGGACUCUGGAGGAAUCGGUAACUUUUCCCUUGAAGCUUCUUAUAUCUGAGGAUACUCAUUCCAUCACCUGGCUUUACAACGGAACAUCUAUAACCUUCAUACAACUAAGCGAUCCUUCGGAUCCGCGGAUCAUACUGACGAAUCCAAAAUGGAAAGACCGACUGCGAUUCAGCAGGAACUACUCCUUACAGCUCAGCAAUCUGACAAUGGCUGACGCAGGAUCUUACCAUGCCCAGAUAACCACACAAACCUCUACAGUGUUUUCCAGUUACAAGCUGAGGAUCUUCAGACCACUGAGGAACUUAGAAGUGGCCAACCACACUUGGCGAUCCGAGAAUGGGACCUGUGAGAUCCACCUGACCUGCUCUGUGGAGAAUAUGAAUGACGACAACCUAGUAAGGUGGGAGGUCGCAGGAAGCAUAUCUAUAAGAGAAGCCAACCUCACUCUGUCCUGGGACCCCAAGAACUCCAGCGAAAAGAAGUACACCUGCAUAGCUGAGAAUCCUGUCAGCCAACUGUCCUUCUCUGUUUCCACCCAGAGUCUCUGCAAAGAUUUUUUGAAUGAUGAAUCCAUUGGUACCCUAUGGAUUGCACUUGUGACUGUUAUUUUGAUAUGUCCAGUCAUCGUGUUACUUGUUGUUUGGAGGAAGAAAUACUGUUUGUGCAAGAGAGGCAUCUUUCAUUUCUCUGCUCAGCAAACCCAGACUUCUGCAGAGAACAUGAAUAACUUAGAGUAUGUCUCCAUCUCUUCGGGGAACACCGUGUAUGCUCAUGUCACUCAUCCAAAGAGGCAAACAAGUAACCCAACGCCUAUGAAAAGCACUGAUUCCUCCACAAUUUACUCCACGGUUCAUCAGUCCAAAGAGAGUAAGCCCAUUUCUCCCCGGACGACUGCCCUCGGCAAUGUCAUCCAAGUGGCUGAGGGGUCUCAGCAGGAAUGCAGGAAGCACAUGGCUACUCCCGAUCCCUUGGGAGAGAACAAACACAGCGUGGUUUCUGCCUGGAGAACUUGAAUAUCUAGGAUCAUCACUUCCAGUUCUGAGGACCGGAACCUGUUCGCCUACGUCAAAUAUCGAAGGAAUGACAUCAUUUCCAACAUGGGACCCAAAUAACAUUUUCUAAUGUGCUCCGGGUCAAAACACGCCUCGGCGAACAAGCCUGGAUAUUGACUUUCUCUUUGGCGACGGAUGGGGUUGUGGUUGACAGGGACUGGUAAUUCAGAAGACAACGACUUCUCUCCUUGUAGAGAGCAGCAGGACUGCGAUUCGCUGGGAGAGAGUACCGUGUGUGACGUAUGUUGCCUCCGGAAUCGGACGGACCCAUCCCCAAACCCUCACGCAUCGUUUACUAGACAUACCUCCCGGGACCCGUGAUGGAACCUCUUGAGCUCUGGUCUGCUAGACUGAAAAAUGGGGAUCAGCCUGUUAACUCAAACCAGGAACCAGAGUUAUCCUUGACUUCAGCUGUUUCGUCACCAGGCCCUUUGGACUCUACCUCCACACAUGUAUGUCAGAUCAACCCGCUUGUCUCCAAACCUUCAACCUCCAUCCUGUAUUAAUUAACCCACCAUCAUCUCCAACCUGGGCUACGACAGUAAACUCCAAACAAAUGUCCCCCAGGUUGGCUCUUACCUCCCCCCGGUCCAUUCUCCACAAGACAGCCGGAGUAAUGUCUUUAAUAUAAAUCAGACCCUUCA